AUGUAUCCCUGUGCAUCAGAUUCUUACUACUACAACGAUGAAAGUUACUUGGGAACGGCGAUGAAAAGGCGUUUGUCGGAUCUUCCUCUUCUACAGCUACAAGUCACUGCAGCGUUGGUUACGCUCGGCAUACCUGGGAUUACAACUUCAACGAAAUCAUCAAAAAGUGCUGUUUCCAACACUUCACCGAUUCCUCAACGAAUUUCUCAAAGCGACUCACAUCCGGACUACCGUACGAACACUCACAACAGGAAGAGCCGAUUGGAUCUCGAGCGUAACAACUUCUCCACUAAAGGCGUUGCUGGAGUUUUUGGUGACAAUGAAGUUGCCAAAACACGAUUCAGAAGAGACGUCUCCUUUAUCGGAAAUUCAUUCUUUGGAUGGCAUAACACGUUAGUCACUCGCUACGAUUUAGUUCAAUGCUUCACAUCGCUGAAG